AUGGGAACACGUUUCAUCCCCUCCUCCUGGGAGGUUAUAACCCGCAGGAGUGAGGAUGACAAGUUCUUCACAGUCUACCCACACACUCUCCUCUUCGCGCUGGUCGCACCCCAAACUCCGCGCUGGUCGCCAAAGCCUAUCAUUGCACAAGAAAAACCCAACAACACGAAUAACCGUCAAAUACGCUCAAUGUCUGCAUUCGCACUCGCAUUUAUGGGGCUUGCUGCCCGCGCAAUCGCUGCUUCCGAUUUCAAUUAUGAGGAAGACGAAUUCCCGGGCGGGGGUGCCCCUACGCCUUCUGCACCUUCGCCUUCUGCACCUUCGCCUGCUGCAUCUGCGCAUGCUGCAUCUGCGCAUGCUGCACCUUCGCCUGCUGCAUCUGUGCAUGCUGUACCUUCGCCUGCUGCACCUGCGCCUGCUGCACCUGCUCAUUCACCCUCGGCCAGCCUCAAUACCCAGACGGUACUGAAUGCUACUCAUUCGUCCUCGUCUGCUGCACCUGCGCAUGCUGCACCUGCUCAUUCACCCUCGCACAGCCUCAAUACGCAGACGGUCCUGAAUGCUACUCGGCCCGCUUUGACCGCUGCUGCUGCUGCUCCCGCACCGGUUCACAAGACGCUGUUGGACAAUGCAGUUCCUUACUGCCAAUUCAACAGCGGCAAGCUCACAUGCGACGCGCUCUCAACGCACCAGAAGAUCUUCGUCAUCCUCUGCGCGACAAUCCUCGCGCUCCUUGUGCUCACCCUCAUCACCCUCUGCUGCUGCUGCUGCUUUUCCCGCCGGCGGAACGCGCGCAGGCCCCCUCCCAUGAUCUACGUCUCUUCUUCCUCCGGUCUCGAGGCCCCCCCUUCGGCGCAAGGACCCUACUACGGCGCCUACGGUGGACAAGCUCCCUAUGGCCAGAGCCGUUUAAACGAUUCGCGCCCGACGGCGGGCUCAGGGGGGACCAAUGGCAGGGAACUGGAAAGGCGGCAGGUGGGGUAUGGAGCGGCAGUUUCGCGUACGUGAUAGACGAGGAGGAAGGUGUCAUGCGCAGCAAUACUAAGUGGACUUGGGUGAAGGACGGUGCGGUCAAAUCCUGAGCGAAAUGUUGCUUGUAUGACGCGAGUAAUUUAUACGUGUGUGGAC